AUGAUCUUAUUUGUGUUGUGUGUUAUAAUUUCAAACAUUGCUGGAAAAGCUAAAAAAAAAACCUGGCCAAGCGCCCGGUCGCGUGAGAAAAGCAAAGCUUUUGUCUUCCCAAAGCGUGUUAUCAUUGAUAUCAUUCCUUAUUCGACAGGAAAGAAACCUAAAGGACGCAAAAACAAAAAUGACAACCCUGAAGACAGCCUUAACGUCGUAUUGGAAGUGUUUUCUGGCGUACGUGACCCAAGUUGGACGAUCCAACAAGGGAACUCAAAUUACCAAGAAAUCAUAGCCUCCUUAAACAGUGCCACCUUGUACGAACCAGAUGAGGCGCCUCCAAAACUCGGAUACCAAGGAUUUGUGGUACAAGAGGUGAAACAAGGACAGAAGCAAUCGCAAAAGCUGGUGGUUGGUUCUGAAACAGAGAGCUUACAACUGAUGUUACUUCGCAGCAGCCCAGAGGGUAAAAUAUCGUCCAAUGUGAGAAACAUCGUGGAGAUGGAAAUCCGAAAUGGAAACGUGUCUGCGAUGAGUAGGAGAAGAAAACGAUAUGCUCCAUGGUACGACCCGAGUCAUUGGAACGGACCAGCGUAUGUGCGGAGAAACAACUGCUAUAACUACGCAAGCACGAUCCGGAACAACACUUUUGCACAGCCUGGCUUUGGAGCGGGACAGCCAUACCCUUUUCUAUUUACCGCCGAAGACAUGAAACGAGCUACAGAAGCUGAUGGAUGUGUUUCCCUGGUAGCAAAAAAACACAUGUGCGCCCCAAAGGGACCAGAACAUCUGAUUGCACUGUUUGUCUACAUUGGCGAUCCAAAUGAUUAUUUUGAUCGUGAUUUUCACUUUUACCGAUUGGACAAUAAUGGAUACUGGUCUCACAAAGCUGGACAAACUCCUGCUACAAAUGUGGAUGGAGCAGGAAACCGUAUUCGUGACCCAAGAAAAGCUGUAAAUGGCUACUUCGAUUACAAAUUUGUCUCCUUUAUGACCAUUAAUAGAAACAAUGUAACCAUACAGGGAUACUGA